AUGAAGCUCGCAGUUGCUGUAUUGUCAUCGAUCCUGCUUGUUUGUUCAGUCACUACUGCCAAUCCAGUCAAUCCCAGUGCAACUACAGAUACUGGAGCUAGCACUUCAACCUUCAUUCCCAGUACAAAAGGUAUAGGCUUGGGUGCUCUUGAUGAUGCACUUCCAGAUAACGUCAAGCAUUUACUCGACAAAUACGCAGAGAUAGAGAAUGAUCGUAAUCAGCAAAAAAAAAAAUAUUGGCUGUUAAAAUAUCGAUAUGAGGGUCAACAUGACGUGGUAGUGGGCUGCAAAAAAUAUCUUAAAACUCUGGGAUAUAAAUCUCAAAACAAUGACGAUCCAAAACAUGGUGAAUUUCAAAAGGCUAAGCUUGAUUAUGAAUACCAACUAUCUAAACUUGACGAACUUCUAAAAAGUCUUGAUGAGUGCGAGUCCGAAUUUGGUCGUCUUGCAGAAAAAAAGUGGGAAAUCGAUAAACAGAUUGUGGGUCUCGUUUUUGGAACCCCUCUGGACUUUGAAUCAGUUCUUCACCAAGCUUCGCUUAUCAAAAAAACGCCUUCCGUUAAAAAAUACCUUAAACUAAAAUCAUUUAAAUACAAGAUUUUUGGUAAAAAAUCUGGUGGUCGACGAAAACACAAAGAUUUGGAAUCAUCGGACGAAAAACCGGAUGAGGAAUCUGGAUCUAAAUCCAAUAAGAAGAGUACUUCCAAAAAACGGAGAGCUUCCUCCAAGUUUAUGGGUAGAUUGGGAUCACUCUUUCAGCGACCCAAACGUGAGGAUCGCGAACCAUUGAUUUGA